UCACCAAAUGAAAUUGGUCUCCUAGCCAUCGGAUUUUCUAAACGUUUUGAAACAGUUAUGACGUAAUGAAGCCUCGUUUGCUAAAAUCACGUGACUUGGCCACGCUCCGAACCACUGAGUCGAAACAAAAGAUUCAUAAAUGUUUCGCAGCUUCAUGAAGCGGUGUUUCGAAAUAGCCGAUCACUAAAGAAAUAGCAGCUCACGAGGAGAACUUGCAAACCGCCGUUAAAAAAAACAAGGAAAAGAAGUGGCGGUAAUGCACCAACAAGUUGGUUUGCCAACCGCCAAUAAACACCAAAGAAAAAGAAGGAGAUAAUUGUUUGUGUGCCAGCAAGUUGCUGUUUUUCUCUCUGAACCCGUCUCUUCAAACAAACUGAUUCCAACUCUCUACAAUGACGUCAGCGAAGGGAGAAGCCCCAGCCAAAACUGUUGAUGAUCUGCCCUUUUAACAGACUCAGUCUUGAGUGAGAAGCACCGAGCUCAUCAUUUUGAAGUGUUACAAUGUCUGUGCCAAAGAGGAAUUACAAAUGUGUUUUGGGAUGUAUUGAUGAACAUCAGAGUCUCCAUCGAGUCCCACAAUCUGAGUCACUGAAGACAUUGUGGUUAGAUUUCAUUUACAAUGGAAACAUCCAAAAGAAAAUACCUAAACUCUUAUACGUUUGCGGCAAUCAUUUUACACCGGACUGCUUCAAAAACAAGGGCCAGUUUAACGCUGGAUUUUCAGCAAGGUUGAUUCUGGAGAAUGGGUCGAUACCAACGCUUCGUUCUCAAACCUUCAAAUCAAAAUCAGAUGUGCAGAGCAGACAACCUGCAUCUCAACACUGUGCUCAGCAACAACCGACUGACACCGGAACCACAUUAUUUUCUACUCCAGUGUAUCAAGAGGUGCAGAGCGGACAACCUGCAUCUCAACACUCUCCUCAGCAACAACAGACUGACACCGGAACCACACUACUCUCUACUCCAGUGUAUCAAGAGGAAAAGGAAGUAUCUGGUGCUUCUGUCUGUGGCUUCACUGAUCAAACAUCUACAGAGCUUCUGGUUUCUGUCUGUUAUGGAGAAGAACAGAAGACAUCAUCAGUAAACCUGCUGGAUUGUGGGAUGGAGCUGAAAAAAGAAAUCAAAGAAGAAGAAGAACAGACAGAUAAUGGGGAUCUGAUUUAUUCAGACCUGGUGAAGGUGAAGGAGGAAAGUUUACAGUCGAAUGAAAUUGAGAAGAAACCUCAACAUUUUAAACCUGAAGAAGAAUCUCUGAGCUGCUUAAAUACUGAGAUUUUGUCAGAUGAAGAUUCUUGUAAGUGCUCUGACUGUGGAAAAAUCUUCAACUAUCAGUCUGAUCUUAAUGCACACAUGAAAUUUUACAGUGGCGAAAAGCAUUACAGUUGUGACCGGUGUGAAAAAUGUUUCCUACAUAAAUCCAGCCUUAAUGUGCACAGGAGAAUUCACGCUGGAGAAAUGCCGUACAGUUGUGACCAAUGUGGAAAAUGCUUUAUUCAUAAGUUCGACCUUAAUGCGCACAUGAAAAUGCACACUGGAAAAAAGCCAUUCAGGUGUGCCCGGUGUGGAAAGCGCUUUAUUCGUAGGUUUAAUCUUGAAGCGCACAUGCAAAUUCACACUGGAAUUAAGCCGUACAGAUGUGACCAUUGUGAAAAGAGCUUCACUCAUAAGUUUGACUUUAAUGCGCACAUGAGAAUUCACAUUGGAAAGAAUCCUUAUACUUGUAACCAGUGUGGACAGACCUUUACUCGUAAGUUCAACCUUAAUGUGCACAUGAGUAUUCACACUGGAAUAAAGCCUUACCCAUGUGAUCAAUGUGGAAAGAGCUUUAGUCAUAAGUGCGACUUUACUGCACACAUGAGAAUUCACACUGGAGAAAAUCUUUACACUUGUGAACAAUGUGGACGAACCUUCACUCGUAAGUCUAGUCUUGAUGCACACAUGCAUAUUCACACGGGAACGAAGCCUUACAGAUGUGACCAGUGUGGAAAGAGCUUCAUUCGUAAGUUCGUCCUUAAAGUGCACAUGCGAAUCCACACCGGAGAAAAGCCCCGAAAUCGCGCUGGUGAAAAUGCUUACAGAUGUGACGAGUGUGGAAAGAGCUUUGGAAAUAAUUUCAACCUUAACGUGCACAUGAGAAUUCACACUGGAGAAAAGCCUUACGUUUGUGGCCAGUGUGGAAAGUGCUACGCCCGUAAGUCCAGCAUUGAUGCACACAUACAAAUUCACACUGGGAUGAAGCCUUACAGCUGUGACCAGUGUGGAAAGAAAUUCCUUCGUAAUUUCGACCUUAAUAUGCACAGGAGAAUUCACACUAGAGAAAAGGGUUACAGAUGUAAACAGUGUGGACAGACCUUCACUUCUAAGUCUGACUGGUAUGUGCAUAAGCAAAUUCACACUGGGAAAAACCCUUACAAAUGCAGUCAAUGUGGAAAGAGCUUCACUCGUAAGUUUGACCUUAAUGUGCACAUGCGAAGUCACAGUGGAGAAAAACCUUACAGAUGUGAUGAGUGUGGAAAGAGCUUCACUUAUAAGGCUGCCCUUACUGUGCACAAGAGAAUUCACACUAGAGAAAAGCUUUACAGAUGUGACCAGACAUAUUUCACCAUGUCUCAGCUGAAGAAAGAGGUGGCGUUACUGGAGACAAAGCUGAGCUGGAGUCCUACAAUGUCUACACCAAAGAGGAAUUACAAAUGUUGGGUUUUGGGAUGUACCAACGAACAUCAGAGUCUCCAUAGACUGCCACAAACUGAGUCACUGAGGAUGUCAUGGUUAGAUUUCAUUUUUUAUGGAAAUGUCCCAAAGAAAAUACCUAGAAACCUACACGUUUGUGCCAAUCAUUUUACGGCAAACUGCUUCAAAAAUGAGAGUCAGUUCAACGCUGGACUUUCAACCAGCUUGAUUCUGGAGAAUGAGUCUGUGCCAACGCUUCGUUCUCAAACCUUAAAAUCAGAACAUGAUGUAUCUGGUGUGUCUGUCUGUGGUUUCACUGAUCAAACAUCUACAGAUCUUCUGGUUUCUGUCUGUAAGGAAGAAGAAGAGAAGAUAUCAGUAAAUCUGCUGGACUGUGGGAUGGAGCUGAAACAAGAAAUCAAAGAAGAAGAAGAAGAACAGACAGAUAAAGGGGAUCUGAUUUGUUCAGACCUGAAGGUGAAGUUGAAAAGUUUUCAAUCAAAUAACAUAGAGGAGAAACCUGAUCAUUUUAUACCUGGAGAAGAAUCUCUGAGCUGCUUAAAGACUGACGUUUUUUGUACGUGCGCUCGGUGUGGAAAAAUCUUCAGCUGUCAGUCCGACCUUAAUGCACACAUGCAAAUUCACACUGGAGAAAGACCUUACAGUUGUGACCAGUGUGGAAAGACCUUCACUCGUAAGUUCAACCUUGAGGUGCACACACAAAUUCACACUGAAGAAAGACCUUACAGUUGUGACCAGUGUGGAAAGACUUUCACUCGUAAGUUCAACCUUGAUGUGCACUCACAAAUUCACACUGGAGAAAAACCUUAUAGAUGUGACCAGUGUGGAAAGAGCUUUACUAAUAAGUCCAGACUUGAUGUGCACACAAGAAUUCACACUGGAAAAAAGCCUUACAGUUGUGACCAGUGUGAACAGAGCUUCACUCAAAAGUUCAACCUUAACGCGCACAAGUUGAUUCACGCUAAAGAAAAGCCUUAUAAAUGUAACAAGUGUGGAAAGAGCUUCACUUGUAAGUCCAGGCUUUAUUCUCACACAAGAAUUCACACUGGAGAAAGGCCUUACGGUUGUGACCAGUGUGGAAGGAGCUUCACUCGUAAGUCGGUGCUUGAUGUGCACAGGAGAAUUCACACUGGAGGAAAGCCUUACAAAUGUAACCAGUGUGGAAAGACCUUCACUCGUAAGUCCAACCUUGAUGUGCAUACAAGAAUUCACACUGGAGAAAAACCUUAUAGAUGUGACCAGUGUGAAAAGAGCUUUACUCACAAGUCCAGACUUGAUGUGCAUACAAGAAUUCACACUGGAGAAAAGCCUUACAGUUGUGACCAGUGUGAACAGAGCUUCACUCAAAAGUCCAGCCUUAACGCGCACAAGAUGAUUCACACUAAAGAAAAGCCUUAUGGAUGUAACAAGUGUGGAAAGAGCUUCACUUGUAAGUCCAGCCUUACUGUGCACACAAGUAUCCACACUGGAGAAAGGCCUUACAGUUGUGACCAGUGUGGAAAGAGCUUCAUUCGUAAGUCAAGGCUUGAUGUGCACAGGAGAAUUCACACUGGAGAAAAGCCUUACAGAUGUGAGCAGUGCGGUAAGAGCUUCACUCAAAGAAACGGGCUUAAUUCACACAGGAGAAUUCACACUGGAGAACAUUCACACAACCGGAGCAGUGGACAGCUAUUACUGCAGUGCCCAGGAAACAACAAGGGAUUGACACAGACUCCAUCAUUUUUGUAUCUUCGCUGUAGCAGCUGGAGUCUUGCAAUGUCUGCAUCAAAGAGGAAUUACAAAUGUUUUGUUUUGGGAUGUAUGAAUGAACAUCAGAGUCUCUAUAGACUCCCACAAUCUGAGUCACUGAGGGCACCGUGGUUAGAUUUCAUUUUUUAUGGAAAUGUCCCAAAGAAAGUACCUAAAAACCUACACGUUUGUGCUAAUCAUUUUAUGCCGAACUGCUUCAAAAAUGAGAGUCAGUUCAACGCUGGACUUUCAACCAGGUUGAUUCUGGAGAAUGAGUCAAUACCAACGCUUCGUUCUCAAACCUUCAAAUCCGAACAAGAUGAAUCUGGUGUGUCUGUCUGUGGUUUCACCGAUCAAACAUCUACGGAUCUUCUGGUUUCUGUCUGUAAUGGAGAAGAAGAGAAGAUAUCAGUAAAUCUGCUGGACUGUGGGAUGGAGCUGAAACAAGAAAUCAAAGAAAAAGAAGAAGAAGAACAGACAGAUAAAGGGGAUCUGAUUUAUUCAGACUUGAAGGUCAAGUUGGAAAAUUUUCAAUCACAUAACAUAGAGGAGAAACCUGAGCAUUUUAUACCUGGAGAAGAAUCUCUGAGCUGCUUAAAGACUGAGAUUUUGUCAGACAACGAUCCAUGUACUAGCUCUUGGUGUGGGAAAGUCAUCAGCUGUCAGUCUGACCUUAAUGCACACAUGCAAAUUUACACUGGAGAAAAGCCUCACAGAUGUAACCAGUGUGGAAAGACCUUCACUCGCAAGUCCAGCCUUGAUGUGCACACAAGAAUUCACACUGGAGAAAAGCCUUACAGUUGUGACCAGUGUGAACAGACUUUCACUUGUAAGUACAAGCUUAAUGUGCACACAAGAAUUCACACUGGAGAAAAACCUUACAGUUGUGAUCUGUGUGGAAAGAGCUUCACUUAUAAUUGCAGCCUUUAUGUGCACAGGAGAAGUCACACUAGAGGAAAGCCUUAUAGAUGUGACCAGUGUGGUAAGAGCUUUACUCAAAUGUCCAGCCUUAAGUUGCACAUGAGAAUUCACACAGGAGAAAAGGCCUACACAUGUGACCAGUGUGGACAGACCUUCACUUGGAAGUCUUGCCUUAAAAUGCACAAGAGAAUUCACACUGGAGAAAAGGCUUACACAUGUGAUGAAUGUGGAAAGAGCUUUAUUCAAAAGUUUAGGCUUUAUGCGCACAUAAGAGUUCACACUGGAGAAAAGCCUUACAGUUGUGACCUGUGUGGACAAACCUUCUCUUGUAAGUCCAGACUUGAUGUGCACAGGAGAAUUCACACUGGAGAAAAACCUUACAGUUGUGAGCAGUGUGGAAAGAGCUUCAUUUGUAGGUCCAGCCUUUCUGUGCACAUGAGAACUCACACUAAAGAAAAGCCUUAUACAUGUGUCCAGUGCGGUAAGAGCUUCACUAAAAUGUGCAGCCUUAAGGUGCACAAGAUAAUUCACACCGGAGAAAAGCCUUACAGUUGUGACCAGUGUGAAAAGAGCUUUACUUGGAAGUCCUGCCUUAAUAUGCACAGGAGAAUUCACACUGGAGAAAAACCUUACAGUUGUGACCAGUGUGAAAAGAGCUUUACUCAAAAGUCCAGUCUUAAUAUGCACAAGAUGACUCACACUGGAGAAAGGCCUUACAGUUGUGAGCAGUGUGAAAAGAGCUUCACUUGUAAGUCGAGGCUUGAUAUGCAUACAAGAAUUCACACUGGAGAACAUGCACACAACCAGAGCAUUGGACAGCUAUUACUGCAGCGACCAGGAAGCAACGAGGGACCGGUGCCUUGAUCAAUUGCACCUCAGAGCCUUCAUCUGACAACUCUCGGGUAACAAGCCUGACUAUCUAACCAUGAGGCUGUGACUGCCUCCUACACCAGUCUCCACAGUGACACCGAGUCGUUGCUUGCAUGUGUUGAUCUGAAACAAACUUGACAAUGACCACGUUUACAUGCACCCUCAUAAUGCGAUUAUAAGGGGAUUAUUUUAAUUGUAUGACCAGCACCUGUAUACAUUUACAAAACAUUGCGCAGCAUGUUUACUUAUAACACAAGUAGGGCACUUUGACAUAAUAUUAGUUUGUGUCAGUUUAAACCCAUAAUUUCUCCUGCUCGUGUUUAAAUGACAGCAGCAGGACCCGGGAAAUGGGUAUAAACGGAGGUCGGAGCCAGCUGCAAAUGGGUGGGUUAGCAGCAAGUGGGUGGAGCUUUAGCCGCAAGUGGGCUGUACAAACUUCCAGAGGAUUCACCGCCGUCCCAUUUGAAGCGUAAACUCCUCCUACUUGCACAUUUCUGAAAUCCCUCCUACUUACGGCAUAAGCUCCUCCCGCUUGCGGCGUAAGCUCUUCCCACCUGCAGUCUCCGGGCUGCAGCGAUACAUACUUUGGACCCGCCCACAGUCUCCACAGACCAUCCUCUCAAAGUCUUCAGGACAGAAGGAAGUUCGAAAGAACUGGAUUAAAAUACCAGGUGUCUCUCUCGUCCACUUGUGAUCCGAGGCACCGCAUACUCUCUGCCUAUUUAUCUAAUGUUAUGUACCAAGCACAAUGUUUUUUACAUCGAUCCUGUAACUUCAAUUUUUUGAUGCAGGUGUUUAAAUGUGUUUUGUACCAUAUUCACUUCAGUAGUUAAAGCGAAAAGUGUUUGAA